AUGGAGUCCCCGGGGCUGGAGAUUGGGGUCGCACGUGCCCCUGCCUCCGAGGGAGGCUGCGGCUCUUCCCAGCCUGGUGCCCUGUCCUGCUGGGAGGACCCCGCCCAGGGCUCGGGCCUGGUCACGGCCCCUCCGGAGGCGCAGAGUCUGGGCUCCGGCCUCCCAAGGAACGUGAUCAGCGAGCGGGAGCGCAGGAAGCGGAUUUCGGUGAGCUGCGAGCGCCUGCGGGACCUGCUGCCCCAGUUCGAUGGCCGGCGGGAGGACAUGGUCUCGGUCCUGGAGAUGGCGGUGCAGUAUCUCCGGCUCGCCCACGCCCUGGUGCCUGGCCACGGACGGCGCACUGUUCUUGCUUCCUCUGAAGAGACUUGGCAGGCAUGGCAGAAGAAUGUUCUGCAAGUGGUCCUGUCCAGUCAGGUUCCAGCAGGCAGGCCAGAUUCCGGGACAGGAGUGUCUGGGGUGACUCUGCAGCAGGACCCCCUGAGCUGUGCAACCCCGGGUAUGGAUGAACGCGAGGGCCGGUCGCAGUUGUCUGAAGUGCUGGACAGGCCGUCUGCCCUUCCUGGACAGGGCCCCUACAACUCCUUCACCUGGGUCUCCGUGGGUCCCUGGGUCUGCAGGAAGUGUGGGGACGUAGAAGGACUUGGCUCUGUCCUGGUUCCCCAGCUGACCACUUCUGCGUUCAGCUGCCGGCAGUGGCACUGCUUUGUGCUUCCUUGCGCCCCCCUGCAGGACACAGAGCCUGUCAGCCUGGCGCCCUGGUCUCCAGCCUCGAGUCUCUCCAAGGUGCAGAGGCUGCCUUCGCUGUGGCCUUCCUACCCGCGGCCGCUGACCUCCCCCGACAUGAGCUCCAGCGAGGCGGCUCCCAGCUGGCUGGGCCCGGCUGGGCCCGUGGGUGGGGCCGCCGCACCUGUGACAGGGCCGGCUGCGGAGUCCGAGGGGACUCUGACACCUGUGCUGGGUGACAGGUCUGCAUGGGGAUCUGACGUGGAGGAUGGGACGUCCUUGCUGACUGCCAGUCCCGAGUGGUUGCUGGGGUCCCUGGAGAGCAGAGGAGAUGGUGCCCCUGCCUGGGCCCCAGCCAGGAGCAGCUCUCCGGACAGGGCAGAGACGAACUUCGUGGGCGACUCCCAGCCUGCCUCCCAGGAGCUGCAGGACAGUCCCCUGGAGCCGUGGGGCUCGGACGCAGGCCGCGUGGGCCUGAGCCUGAGGGACGAGGUGGACAGCCUCUUCCCUGACUUCUUUGCCUGCUAG